AAUCAUCUAAUUCUGGAUUCAAUGUAUUUAUCACUUGGGUUCAGUAAUGAGCUGGCUCCUGACCUGGGUCCUGCUUGUCGCCCGAUUACAUCAGGCUGUCUCACUGAAUUCCUCCAUUGCUCCAUUCAUACCUGUGUCCGCUACCCCUGAGACUUACAACCAGACUCGGUACUGUAAGUGGCCCUGCACCUGCCCUGAGACUCCCCCGAGCUGCCUGCCUGGUGUCAGCCUCAUCAUGGAUGGCUGUGACUGCUGUAGGGCCUGCGCCAAGCAGGUGGGCGAGGAGUGCAACGAGGCGGACAACUGCGACCACCACCGUGGCCUCUACUGUGACUACAGCUCAGACAAGCCUAGGUACGAAAAAGGAGUGUGUGCAUAUCUACUCGGCACAGGCUGUGAGCACAAUGGUGUAAUUUAUCGCAAUGGGCAGAGUUUUCAGCCCAACUGUAAAUACCAGUGUCUGUGUGUGAACGGGGCCAUCGGCUGUGUACCGCUGUGUAAUGAGUCUCAGCCUCCAAGGGUGUGGUGCCCAACACCGCGAAGGGUCAAGAUCCCUGGCCGCUGCUGUGAGCAGUGGUUCUGUGAGGAGCCCAGGAGGGGACGCAAAGCAGCACCUAGGCAUGCCAUGGCAGCUCUCUCCGGUGGAAAAGACACCUGGCAGGAGAACUGUCUGACACAGACCACGUCAUGGAGCUCAUGCUCCAAGACCUGUGGCCGAGGAGUAUCUUUACGCAUCACUAAUGCCAACAAGCAAUGUCGCAUGGUCAAGGAGAGACGGCUUUGCAACAUCCGACCCUGUGAGGUGGACAUCACUAAGCACAUCAAGCCUGGGAAAAAGUGCCUAAACAUCUACAGGGAAAAUCAACCGACCAAUUUCACCAUCUCAGGCUGCACUAGCAAGAAGCUCUACCAGCCAAAGUACUGUGGUGUCUGCACAGAUGAGCGCUGCUGCAUCCCUUAUAAAUCCAAAACAGUGCAGGUGGAGUUCCAGUGCCCUAAUGGAGCCAUGUUCACUUGGCAGGUGAUGUGGAUUAAUGCCUGCUUUUGCAACCUCAGCUGCAAAAACCCCAAUGACAUCUUUGCAGAUUUGGAGCAGUACUAUGAGAAUCGAGAGAUUAUGAACUGAGGAACUGUGCUGCUGUUCAGUCGCUCACAUUUUGGAGUUGACAAAAUAAAAAGAAUCAAGCCAAAA